AUGGCCUCAAAUCAAGACAUUAACAAUGCGCGCUUCAGCAAAGAAGCACUCGAAUGGGACUCGAAUGAGAAGCAUGUAGAAUCGACCUCGAAAGCACUUGAAGCCAUCAAGCGUUACGUACCUGCAUUCACAGAUGGACGUAACAAAGAGCUCGACGUGCUAGAAAUUGGGUGUGGCACUGGCCUCCUAUCAUUCAUGCUAGCUCCCCACGUACGCAGCCUCAUCGGCGUCGACACAGCAGACGGCAUGAUUAGCGCUUUCGACACCAAGCUGGCGGAUCUUCCAACAGAACACCCAAAUCUCUGUUCAGUAAACCACUUCCUGAAAAAUCCGGACUCCCAUGAAUUGCAAAGUGCAGCAGCACUCCUCGCCACACAUCGUGGGGAGGCUACAUCACCACCCUACUCAUACCGAUUUGAUCUUGUAGUUUCUCACUUGACACUGCAUCACAUUCCUUCAAUGGCGGCGAUCCUGGAGACGAUGAAGAAAUGCUUGAAACCCGGAGGUGUUGUUGCGUUGACGGACUACGAGGACUUCGGGCCGGAGGCGGUGCCGUUCCAUCCGGUGAGUAAGAGGCCGGGAGUGGAGAGACAUGGGAUCAAAAAAGGCGAGAUGGAAGAGUUGCUAUUAGGAACAGGAUUUAACGAGGUGAGAGUUGAUGAGGCCUUUAUUCUGCGGAAGGAGGUUGAUGCUGAGGACGGAAAGCCGGCGAGGGAGAUGGAUUUUCCGUUUCUGCUGUGUUUCGGUGUAAAGAGUUAA